CCGGAGCGGCGGCGCGAAAUCCGACGGGUUCCUCCCGGCCGCCACCUCCCUCUGCCCUCGCGCGCCUGCCUGCGUUGGCCCUGCUGUGAUGGAGGAGGAGGAGGAAGGGAGUGGGGAGGAGCAGCAGCGAUUCUCCUACCGACAGAGGCUGAAAGCGGCUGUCCACUACACUGUUGGUUGUCUGUGUGAGGAAGUUGCAUCGGACAGAGGGAUGCCAUUCAGCAAACAAACCAUUGCAGCGAUCUCGGAGCUGACCUUCCGGCAGUGUGAAACUUUUGCCAAAGACCUUGAAAUGUUUGCAAGACACGCGAAAAGAAGCACAAUUAACACCGAAGAUGUGAAGCUCUUAGCCAGGAGGAGUAAUUCACUGCUAAAAUACAUCACAGAGAAAACCGAAGAGCUCGCUCAGUUUAACACAGAACAAAAAGCAAAGAAGAAGAAGAAGCUAGAGGAUGACAACACAAAAUCAGUGGUGCCGGCAGAGGCUGCAGCUGCCGAAAAGGACGGUUCUUGACUCUGUCGCCACUGGCUAACUCUGUCCCUUCAGCAGGGGGGCGGCGGGGGGCAGGAGCUGCCACAAAGGGAUUUUCGAAGGGAUCAGUCGAGAUUAAAAUAAAAAGGCUAAGAGGC